GACACUCAUUGUGCCACACAAGGACUGGAGAGUGCUUCUCUCUCUGUGUGUGUGUGUGUGUGUGCGCUUUUAUAUGUGUGUGUGUGUGUGUGUUGCAGUCUGUCGGGUUUGAACAGGUCCUCGUGCCCGCGGACCACGCCCUCCGCUGCUCCCGCUCCUGCGCAGGAGCAAAGGAGGAUGAACAUGCGGCUCCACACCUGCGCGCUGCUCGGACUUUUGCUGUUGAUUAUCCUCGUCUCAUCAGAAUGCCUGCAGCUGACGGCCCUGCCCGACAAAGGCUCGACAGUGACGGUGUCAACUGCUCCGCACUUGGACGAGUGCGCCGUUUGUGCAGUCAGCGGGGUCAAUGACACCCAAACGUCCUGCCACGCCACUCUUACCCUGGCGCCCGAGAAGGAGGUCAAGCUGCUCUUCAACUGCACCCAACCUGUAGAACAGGCUUACACGGUUACUAUAACGCAGAUCCUCGAAUGCACAGAGGACUCCUGCAGCCCUUCGACUGUAGAAACUCAACCCUCUCUCCUCAGUGAGUUUACCAGAACCUUCAUCUGGCAGAUCAAGGCACCCGCAAAGACCGUUGUGGGUCUCGACGUCCUUGGAGAGGGACUGCAGGAGACGUCCAAGCCAUGCAACAAUGGAUAUCUGUAUUCAGUGGGCACAUCCGGAACCGACGGCAAAGCAGUACAAACCCAGUACUGCAAAGGGGGUUCUCUGACUCAUUUAGAUCUGCUCAGUGACGCCGUUGUGUCUCUGCGAGUUCAACCCAAGACGCAGGUGGAAUCUGUGGUGUUCCAGGCCUCUGCAGGACCACUCAAGGGCCGAACGAUGGAGGUAACCAUCGACUCCAGCACCAACCUGCUGAUGAGAAAGUUCUCUCAAGAACCGGAAUGUGAGCUGCGCACCAGUGUGAGCAACGUUGAGACUCUCUCGUUGGAGUUUAGUUGCCUCAAACCUCAAGAUGCCUUCAGUGUGGAGGUGAAGAAGAAAAUAGAAUGCACCAAGAACUCAUGCACACCUACUACAGGUGAACUGGAUCCCAGCCUCUUGAAGGACUUUCAAAGAACCCUGAAGUGGGACAUCAGCGUCCCGGAGAGGACUAUUUUAGCCUUGGAGCUGCCUAGCGGCGGUCUGAGACAAUUAUCAGCGCAAGAUGAAUGUCAAGAUGGCCCCCGGUACUCUGUGAGCACAACAAGACACGAUGGCCAAAUCAAGACCAAAAACUACUGCAGCGGCGGAGCGUUGUCUCGUCUGGAUCUUCUUGGACUGACCACCGUGACUGUGGAGAUACCCCGAGGAGAAGAACUGGACAGGACGAUAUUCACAGCUAAAGCAACACCCAGAGCUGGCAGAAUGCUGUCCGUGACCCCUGAACCAGAAACCAUCAUUAUCAUCAGCAGAGAUACCGUCGAACCCGACUGCAGCGUGUGUGCGGACAAACCCCCGAAACAGACAUGCAAUCCAAACGUUCUAACCCUCAGAGAAGCUCGAAACACCUCCGUUGAAUUCACCUGCCCUCGUCCUGAAGAUGUCUUCAACGUGGAGAUAAACAGAGAAAUCGACUGCACAGCUACCACCUGCUCUGGGAAUAUGGUCCAGCCCGAGUCCUCGCUCUUCCCAGACUUCAACCGUACCUUCACCUGGGAUCUGAAAGUCAGCUCCACUCGGACCUUCCAGCUGGACUUCCCCGAGCCGGGAAUGCGACAGAUUGCCAAUGAAGACGCCUGUCCAGAUGAGCACACGUACACACUCGUCACCUAUCUGCGUACCGGGCCUGCCAUCAUCGGAACCUUCUGCAAGGGUGGCGCUGUGACCAGCAUUCAAGUACUCUACAAGGGCCGCAUGUCUCUCCGGGUGCCGGGGCACAGGAAGAUGGAGCCCGUCGACUUCAAAGUCAGCAUUGGGCCCGAGACCAGCAUGGUGGCCAUCGUGAAAGUCAGCCUCCCGCGAGGUGUUUCUGACACGGCCUUCAUCUCCACCAACUACCCCAAUGACUUCCCCGACAAGCAGCAGAUGCAGUGGGACUUCUCCGUGCCUGGCAUGCACAACUACACCCUUCAUUUUCACCACCACACCGCCCCGGAGUGCCUCAACAAGGACGUGGAAGUGGAGUACAGGAACAAGGACAAGAAGGUGACCAAAUUGGAUCUGACGGAUAAGCAGCCGGAACACCAACAGGGCGACUUCAACAUGGUGCUGAGGAACUGCGAAACCAACACCACGUUGCAGGGGCUCUCUUUGAAAUACAGCGUAUCUGUCAUGAGAAGCGGUCAUCCAGUUCUUUGCACGGUGGACCUGACCAAACACCCCAAGGUGGCUCUGCAGAUUGAGAAAGUGGGUUCGGAUCCUUAUUGCGAGAUGAGCGUGAACUCUGAGGUGGUAAAAACGAUAAACGUGGCUGCGGGCGGUCAGGCCGAACUCUCCUUCCUUGACUGUCCCAAUGAAGAUGUCCGGUUGACAGCUAGUAAGGUUAUUGGUUGUCAAAAUGUGGCUUCCUGUUCCGACACUCUCCUCACCGUACCCACAUUGGAUACCUGUCUUCGGAUGCCCCUCCACAGCUUCACCUGGCACCUGACUAUCCCUCAGGACAGCACCAUCGAUCUGGUGUCACCGUCAGGGGGUCUUCAGCAGUCCGUGCCAGGCCAGGCGUGUAACAGAUCUGUCUCGCUGCAUGUGGAAGAGACUGAAGGCUUCUCUGUGGGAGAUUUCUGCUCCAACGGCAUCAUCCAGAAGGUUCAAGUGCACGCCAAUAUCUCCAUCACGGCAACGACCAGGGAUUUCAGCAAGACCAGGGGCCCUUUUCUCAAUGUCUCCUUCAGUAAAGAGAUCCCAGAGACCAUCAUUUAUCAAGUCACCCCACAGAUGUCGUCCCCAACCCUGCUGGCCACCCCUAAUUGGCCCAAGGGUAUGAGACCUUCGUCCACGGUGUCCUGGAUCGUCACUUUGCCAAGCCGCUAUCACGCACACGUCCAGAUUGUCAACGUCAGCCAGCCCAAAUGCGAGGACAGACACACCGCCAUCAAGGUCAAGAUGCUGGACUCCGAGGAGGAGAUACUGAGCCGCAGGGAGGACGAGAAGACGGACGACAAGCUUCUGGUGCCACGGAGCUUCUAUAUCAACAUGUCCAACUGUAUACCUGAGGACGGAAACUUUGGUGCCGUGACCAAAAUUGUUCUACAGCAAAAGACCAAUCUCCUAGCCAUUCUUCUUGGGAUAGCAGGAGCUCUUCUCCUUUUACUCAUCCUGUUGGGUGUCGUCUGCUUCUUUGUAAGGAAAAAGAAAAAAGAGCGCUUGAAGAAGGAGUCGUCCAUCUACAUGGGCGGAGGGAACAUCUUCAAACCAGGCGAACGGCAGUUCAGCAAGGCCCGUUCCGACAACGAGUCCCACGUGUACGCCUCCAUAGACGAGACGAUGGUGUACGGUCACCUCCUGGGGGACUCCAGCUACGCGGACAGCAUGCAGGACCAUUUCAAAGGGAUGCAGGUGGAUUCCUACCACACCUUCACGGGGCCCUCCGAGAUGCCCGUCAUCAAAGAACCCGACCCGGAGCCCGAAAUGGAACAGUUUGGCACAUUCCUGGACCCCUCCGAGACUUUCAUCCCGUCACGUCCGCGCACGCCAAUCGACCGCCAAGACAGCCUGGGCUUCCAGGAUCGGCGUAUGGUGGACAAUGAACUGUACACGUUCAGAAACAUGGGGGACAUCAACACCAUUCGACUUUCAGGCGCCGACAUGGAACCGGAACCGGAGUUCUUGUAGACGAUGAUGCCUCAGUCUCACUCAGGGAUUCUGAGUUGAAACACUUUUUUUUUUUUUUUUUUUUUUUUUACCAUAGACUUGAUGCUCCCUUUUCCAUAAGAGGAGCUGUGAACUUAUUUUUCUAGGGUUAACUUUUUUUUUUCGAUUAUGUAAUCUCUGCCGAUGUGGUCUGGAUUUUGGAGCAGGGAAAUGGAACAAUUUUGCAGUGUUUUUAUGUUGUUUGUCUGUGAUUACAUUUUUUGCAAUAAAUUUUAGGGGAAAAAAGCGGCCACUGCGGUUUCUCAUGUUGGAUGCUGAAAAGUAUUUCCGCUGAAGAAACGUCUCGGUCCAUGGCUUGCUAACAUUAUACUGGAAGAUUUUUCAGGAAAAUCGAGAGCCCAAACAAAGCAAGUUUCGCCUGCCAGCACUUCAAUAAAGCUGAUUUAAUACAUGGGUCAAAACCGAGAUGAUACCAGAAAGCUAACACAAGAGGAAGGCUAAAGGGAGAUGAGCGCCCACGGCUAUUUGAUGACUUGAUGCUCUCGGGGUCCAGGCUGCCUCCUCCCAUCUUCCUCACGCAGGUGACUGUUCCCUUGUUUGUGACGGAGAUGAUCAGGCUCGCCACAGAGCACGCCUUCUCCUGCAGAGUGGCGUCCACCACGUGCCUGUGGCCCACCUGUCAAAACAAUCCCAGUGUCAGAUAAGUAAUAGAAGUAUUAUUAUUAUUAUUAUUAUUGAUUUCUCAUUUGUGUGUGUUAGACGGUGGGCUUGCCUUGCACAGAGUCACUAUACACGGAACAUUCUCCACAUUGAGCCUCAUGCAGUCAUAAGGGUCAUCAGACAGCUCGAUCUCCUUCCCGCCUUCUUCAUCACAUGAUAUAUGCACUUUGGGAAUCCUACCAGGUAGAACAGCAGAACAACACUUAAAUCUGGUCUCAUCAUGGGACUUGGGAAUGACUUAAUGAAAAAUACAAGGUUAGAAAAUCAUCUUCAGGAGUUUCUCAUGCAUGCACAUCCACAUCUGGAUGCAAGAUACUCAAAAGGAUACACCAUAAUGCAUAAGGCUAAAAAUAACCAAUUAGCUAAAAAGAAAAAGAAACCACUGAAAAAGAAAGGGAGAAUAUUGUGUAUAGUAUAGUAAUAUUGUGUAUUGUGUAAAUAUGGGGUAAUAACUAUAAAAGCAAUAUUCACUCGCUAAAUGUACUGCAAAAAAGGUCAGUAAGGAUAAUUCAUAAUGCCGCCUACAGAGAACAUACUAACUCCUUAUUUCUAAAAUCACAAAUACUUCAACUUGCUGAUAUAGUUCAUCUUCAAACAGCUAAAAUAAUGCAUAAGGCUAAAAUAACCAAUUAGCUAAAAAUGUCAUCCAAUACUUCUCUACAAGAGAGGAGAAAUAUGAUCUCAGGGAAAAGAACUACAUUUGAAACACUUAUAUGCUAGGACUACAUUAAAAAAGCCAUAGCAUUUCAGUAUGUGGAAUCAAACUAUGGGAUGGAUUGAGUAAGGACCUCAAACAAUGCACAACGAUGAGCCAAUUCAAGAAACAAUACAAGCAGUUGAUGUUUGCUAAAUACAAGGAUGAAGAGUCUUGAACCAGUCAUGAUGUGCUAUACAUCACUAUAUUGACACUUACUAUGGUACCCAUUAUGGCAUUGGAUGCUCAUAUCACCUCGUACUUCGGUACGUGACUACAAUUAAAAUUAAAAUAUAUUAGGAUAAAAAUAAAAAAAAAA